CAGAGAAGACUUGAACAUCCUCAAAAUGAUUAUCUACUGGACGACGAUGCUAACCAUUUUCAUCAUGUCGGAUAAAGUCAAAGGCUGGAAUUCUUCAGAUAUUACCUCUCCGCCAAACAAUAUCAAACUUCAAGCUUUGGACAUGUGGAGACUUAAGAUUGAGUGGACUAUAAAUCAAAACAAACAAAGCAUUCAAGUGUAUGAAAUACAAGUUGGCCGCACAACAAACAUGGAUAUUAUCGACAGCAUGAAUGUUAGCAGAGGAUUAAACACAGUGAUCUGGAGCUCUCAGCUGCCUCUGAACUGUGUAAAUCACGCUGUCAGAAUAAGACUCAUCUCUGCAGCUUCAACAUUCAGCUCCUGGAGUCCAUGGAAAACCAACUAUGGCCAGGUGAGCUCGGAUGAAAUCCUGCUGUUUCCAGAUGACCAGGUGUUACGUGAAGGCUCAACGGUAAUGCUCUGCUGUGUUUAUCCCAGAGACACUUCACACAUCAGCUCAAUGUUCUUCGGCAACACUCCCUACGAGGUCAUCAACAUCAGCCCCCGAGUCAAAGCCAUUCGAGUGGACAACCUCAAAGCCACCAAUGCAUACGGCAUCAACUUCUACUGCCAUAUGACCAGUGACGUAGCUUAUAACUUUGUCACUUUUCCUCCUGAGAAACCUCAGCACUUCAGAUGUGAGACUGCAGACAUGCGUAACAUCAACUGCUCAUGGCAAAUACUCAGAGCUCCAAACCUAAACGGCAGUUAUAGAAGGACGUACACAUUACUCAUCAGUGACUCCAGAACUGUGAGCUGUAAUUUCAAUCCUCCAUCCUGCGGUUUUAAAGUCGUGCCACAUCAGAUCACCUACAACGUCACCUUACUCGUGAGAAACAGUUUGGGACGAGAGAGCAAAUCUGACAUAUUCAAUAUCACAGACAGAGUUUUUCCAGUGCCUCAGCGUCUUGAAGUGACUGCAGGUGUGUUUGAUUCACUGGUGAUCCUACAUCUAAACGGCAGUUUCAGUGGACUUCAACUAAUUUGCCAGAUUGAACUUGAGCCAGGAGGAACCGUACAGGAGUUAGUUCAGGAUGGAUCAGACUCAGUGCAGCUGUAUGUGUUCAGACUGCAGAACCUGACGCCAAGCACACAGUACACCAGCAGGGGGCGCUGCGCAGUACAGGCUAAACACUGGGGCCAAUGGACAGCACAGUGGCUCUUCAUCACAGAGCCUCUAGUGACUGUAGAACUGUGGAGACAGAUCAAGAAACAUCCCAAUCGCAACAUCACACUUCUGUGGAAACCUGUCAGCAGUGACCCGCAGCUGCACAUUGAAGCGUAUGAGGUGUGUGUGAGCAGCAUUAAUCCACAGAGGAGUGUGUGUAUGAAUGUCACACAGACGCAGGUGGAGUUAAACACAGAUCUCCACAUGCAUGAUGUCACUGUGAAGGCCGCCAUUCGCACUGGUUUAUCUGUACCGUCACACAUCACCAUUCCUUCAGCACGUACAGAGGAAAAGCCUAUUUCUGCUUCACAUUCAGUCAUAAAGAGGAUUGUGGGUAAUGAUGAGGGAUUCCACCUCACCUGGACGAGAGACUCUGGCGCUACCUGUGAUUACGUCGUAGAGUGGUGCAUGCUGGGUAUUGAGCCUCCCUGCAUUUUACUGUGGAGGAAGGUUCCAGCCAAUCAGACGUCCUUACAGCUGAAUGCAGGAGAUUUUACAGCAGGAGUUCAGUACAUGUUUACAAUUUAUGGCUGCGGCGCUGAUGGACCCAGACUUCAUGAGAAACAGACUGGAUAUCUCAAAGAACUGAGGCCAAAGCAGUACCCGACACUGCUCUCUCAUCCAGACAUCACCUGCUCAUCUGUAAACCUCACAUGGAGAUUCAAUGAGCAGGAUCUCAAACACCCUGGAUUCAUUACAGGAUAUGUGAUCAGAGUCCGUUCAGAAGGCAGUUCUGAGCUCUUUUCCUUCAGUCAGUCGGUGAAUGACCCUCACAGCAAGUCUCUGACCGUCAGCGGACUCCAGGAGAACCAGCCGUACACUUUUCACCUGGCCGCCUGUACGUCUGCGGGCUGUGGACCAGAAAGCAGAGCCACCUUCAGAACCAGACAGAACCAUUACCUGCUGAUGGCCAAGAUUGGGGUUCCUCUGCUGGUCUUGCUGGGUUGCUGUGUUUGCCUGUGGUUGUACAGAAAUAUAAUAAAAGGAUUUCCAGAAGAAUCCUUCAGCUUUCUGCACAUUAAAGCACCAGACCUGGAUGAAGAUCUGUAUGAGGCGAGUGAGAAGAUCCGCAGACUGCAGAUCGAGGACUGUAAAUGGUGUGACGUGGAGAUUUUAGACAUUCGCCGCACAGCGUUAGAGAAAACAUAUCUGUCAGACACAGAGCAUCAGAACUGUGCUCUCAUCAGUCCUGAAAUCCCACUCUCCUCCUUAAUAAAAACAUCCCAUCACCUUAACACGGACAUCUGGACAAACACAGGCCUCACAAACUUCACCUACGUGUCUUCUGUGCAACCAAACAGCCUGGAGAGCAAACAGCUAGCAGAAAUCUCCAGCGACUACGUUACUUCUGUGGCCACAUAUGAGAAACACAGCGAAUGAAGCAAACCAGAGCUGAUCAUCUUAUCACAACAUCCUCCAAUUCCCCUUCCUCCUGAACAGAAAAAAAGUGAAGAUCUGUUGUGAAAUGUGAAGUUUUGCAAUAGUUGAGCAUAUUUUGCAACCUUAUUCAGGUACUUUAAUCUCUGUUUUGCAUGAUCACAAAUGUACAGAAUGUUCUGUUCCACGUGUGACGAUUUCUAUUGUUAUAAGCUAUGCGGUAACACUUCACGACAAGGUUUCAGUAGUUAAUGUAUAUACUAACAUGAACAAUACGUUUAUGACAGUGUUUAUUAUAUAUAGAACUGUGCAAAGGUUUUAGGCCAACAUUAAAUUUGUUGUUUUACUGAUGGUAUAAUGGAUAUACAGUUAGGUCAAUAAAUAUUUGGACAUACACCAUACUAUACAUCAACACAAUGGAUUUUAAAUGAAUCGAACAAGAUGUGCUUUAACUGCAGACUGUCAGCUUUAAUUUAAGGGUAUUUACAUCCAAAUCAGGUGAACGCUGUAGGAAUUACAACAGUUUUCAUAUGUGCCUCCCACUUGUUAAGGGUCCAAAGGUAAUGGGACAAUUGGCUUCUAAGCUGGCCAGGUGUGUGUUAUUCCCUCAUUAUCCCAAUUACAAUGAGCAGAUAAAAGGUCCAGAGUUCAUUUCAAGUGUGCUAUUUGCAUUUGGAAUCUGUUACUGUCAACUCUCAAGAUGAGAUCCAAAGAGCUGUCACUCUCAGUCAAACAGGCCAUCGUUAGGCUAGAAAAAAACAAAACAAACCCAUCAGAGAGAUUGCAAAAACAUCAGGCAUGGCCAAAACAACUGUGUGGAACAUUCUUAAAAAGAAGGAACGCACCAGUGAGCUCAGCAACACCAAAAAGACCUGGAAGACCACUGUGGUGGAUGACGAAAGAAUUCUGAAGAAAACACCCUUCACAACAGCUGACCAGAUCAAGAACACUCUCCAGGAGGUAGGUGUAUGUGUGUCAAAGUCAACAAUCAGGAGAAGACUACACCAGAGUGAAUACAGAGGGUUCAACACAAGAUGUAAACCAUUAGGGAGCCUCAAAAACAGAAAGGCCCGAUUAGAGUUCUAAAAAAGCCUUUACAGUGCUGGAACAACAUCCUAUGGACAGAUGAGAUCAAGAUCAACUUGUACCAGAGUGAUGUGAAGAGAAGAGUAUGGAGAAGGUAAGGAACUGUUCAUGAUCUUAAGCAGUGAAGCAUGGUGGUGGUAGUAUCAUGACGUGGGCAUGUAUGGGUGUCAGUGGAACUGGUUCUCUUGUAUUUAUUGAUGAUGUGACUGCUGACAAAAGCAGCAGGAUGAAUUCUGAAGAGUUUCAGGCAAUAUUAUAAGCUCAUAUUCAGCUAAAUGCUUCAGAACUCAUUGGACUGUGCUUCAAAGUGCAGAUGGAGAAUGACCCAAAGCAUACUCCAAACCAUACUGAGUGUUUUGAAAGGGAAAGAAAUGGAAUGUUAUGCAAUGGCCAAGUCAAUCACCUGAUUUGAAUCCGCAUGCAUUUCACUUGCUGAAGACAAAACUGACGGGAAAAUGCCCCAAGAACAAGCAGGAACUAAAGACAGUUGCUGUAGAGGCCUGACAGAGCACCACCAGGAAUGAAACCCAGCAUCUGGUGAUGUCUACGCAUUCCAGACUUCAGGCUGUAAUUGACUGCAAAGGAUUUGCAACCAAGUAUUCGUAAGUGAAAGUUUGAUUUAUGAUUAUUAUUCUGUCCAGUCACUUUUGGACCCUUAACAAGUGGG